AUGAUAUUGAUCAUUUGCAGCAAUCUGGAUCCACUCACUGAAACGUACGGAUUUAAUUUCUAUUUGCAAUACUUGAUCAAUCAUCCAGAAUAUUUUCAAGUAUGUCAGCAUCCGAAUGGUGAAAUUAUGGGUUAUGUGAUGGGCAAGGCGGAAGGUGAACGCGAGAACUGGCACGGUCAUGUCACUGCCGUCACAGUGGCGCCUGCAUAUAGACGACUGCGACUGGCAGCUAGAAUGAUGAAAACGCUUGAGAGUAUAUCUGAAAUGAAGAAGUGCUAUUUUGUGGAUUUGUUCGUUCGUGUGAGUAACACAGUGGCGAUUAGUAUGUAUACGGCGCUCGGUUAUGUGGUUUAUCGACGUAUUAUAGACUAUUAUUCGGGCGAGAAUGAGGAGGACGCUUUUGAUAUGCGGAAGGCGUUAUCACGAGACAUUGAGAAGAAAUCAAUGGUACCGUUAAAGCAACCGGUUACGUGUGAUGAAAUUGAUCUGAGGGAUUGA